AUGUCGGCCUCGGCCACCACCUCGCGCCGCCCCGUCUUCUACCCCAACCCGUCCCCUUCGGCGGGCGAGCCCUUCCUCCGUGGGCACUGCAGUGACCUGGGCGACGGCCCUGUCACCGUCACGCCGUGCGACACCGGCGGCGACCCCGUGCAGCUCACCGCCGCCGACGUGUGCCCGCGCUCCGAGGCGGAGCCGGAGGAGGGCGUCGCCGACGCCGCGUCGCUGGCGUUCCUCAACGAGCCCAGUCUGCUCGACAACAUUGCGCGCCGCUACGCGCACGACCGCAUCUACACUUACGUCGGCCCCGUCCUGCUCGCCGUGAACCCGUACAAGACGCUGGCCGAGCUCUACUCGCGCGAGGCGAUGGACGCGUACCGCGGCCGCGCAAUCGGCGUGCUGCCGCCGCACGUCUUCGCGCUCGCCGACCGCGCGCGCCGCAUGAUCCUCUCGGACCGCCGCAGCCAGUCGAUUGUCGUGAGCGGCGAGAGCGGCGCCGGCAAGACGGAGAGCUGCCGCGCGAUCGUCGACUACCUGGCGCACCACUCGCGCGAGGAGGCGGAGGACCUGUGCACCGCAAUGCUCAGCGCCUCGCCGCUGCUCGAGGCCUUUGGCUGCGCCUCGACCCUCCGCAACAAGAACUCGUCGCGCUUUGGCAAGCUGAUGCGGAUCUGGACGGCGGCCGGCGGCGCCUCCUUCUCGCACUCGUCCAUUGAGACGUACCUGCUCGAGAAGGGGCGCGUCUCCAACCACGCGCCGGGCGAGCGCACCUUCCACGGCGGCGACGCGGCGCCGCACAACGAGGCCUCGCCGGCAGCUGAGUUUGCGAGCGUGGUGUCCGCCUUGGGCGCCCUCGGCGCGUCGCGCGGAGAGGUGCAGUCGGCGGCGCAGAUCCUGGGCGCGGUUCUGCUGCUCGGGAACCUCCACUUCGCCGACGACGAGCAAGACAAGGCCAAGGCGGAGGGCCGCGCGCGCGACGGGCUGGCGCGCGAGCUGUACGAGCGGCUCUUCGGCUGGCUCGUGCGGAGGAUCAACACGUCGCUCGCCGCGCCGUCCGCCGCACCCGCUGCCGGGAGCACCGCCGCGAGCGCGAGCGGGUCCGUGCCCGCCCGCGCGAGCGCGGAGGAGGGGGGCAGCUGCUACGUCGGGGGCAGCUGCUACAUCGCCAUCCUCGACAUCUUCGGCUUCGAGUCGCUCGGCGUGAACUCGCUCGAGCAGCUGCUCAUCAACCACACAAACGAGUCGCUGCAGCACUUCUUCCUCGACCGAACCAUGCGGGCCGAGCUGGCCAUGUACGCGGACGAGGGCGUGCCGGCAAACGACCACACGCUCGUGGCGCGCUUCUUCGGCUCGCACCGCGAGCACGCCUCGAUCCGGCUGCCGGACGUGAUCCUCGCCAGCGGGCGGCGCAUGCCUGCACGCAAGUCCGCGCCGCCCGACGGCACGCGCUUCGUCGUCGCGCACUACGCGGGCGAGGUCGAGUACGAGGCGUCCGGCUUCCUGUCCAAGAACCUCGACGCGCUCCACCCCGAGCUGCCGCUGCUCCUCCAGACUGCGCGCGGCUCUCUGCGGGUGCGCGGCCUGGCGGGAGGCUUCUCCAAGCAGCUCGAGUCGCUGAUGGCCACACUCGGGGCGACGACGCCGCACUAUGCGGCGGGCUGCCUCGACCUGCCGCUCGUGCUCGAGCAGCUGCGCUGCGCCGGCACGCCGCAGCUGCUGCAGCUGAUGGGGCGCGGCUACCCGACGCGCUGUGAAUUCGAGGCGCUCGCGAGCCGGUACCGCCCGCUACUGCCCGGCUUCUCGCCGACUCUCUCCUCGCGCGACUUCGUCGCCGCGCUGCUCGCCGCGCUGCGCCUCGAGCCCGCCACCGCCGCGAAGCCGGUCGCCGACUUUGCGCUCGGCGUGCGGCGCGUCUUCUUUUCCGCCGGCGCGAUGGCGACGCUCGACGAGCUGAUGCACGGCUCGCAGGCCGACGUCGCCGCCAUCCUCGACCGCGUCCGCGCAUACGUCGCGCGCCGCCGCUGGGUGCGCGCCACCGCCGCCGUCAGCGCCUCCCUCUGGCUGCAGCGGCGCAUCGUCGCGCGGCGGCGGCUGGCGGCCCUCGCGCUGCGCUCACGCGCGCUCGCUCUCUCGCUGCCCGCGGCACGCCGCUGGGCUGGCGGCGCUAGGCGGCGCCUCUUGGAGCAUGCGAGUGCGAGCACGCUGGCUGCGGCGGAGCGAGGGCGCGUCGAGCGGGCUCGCUUGCGCGCGGCGCGCACCGCAGCCGCGGUGGCGUAG